CAUUGUCACAAGCGUACCGAGUCCCUCAGUGUACGAUUUAUCCAGUUUUCCUUACUACCUUAUUUUUGUUUCGGCAAAUAUUAACACAGUUUAUUUAUAUUAUCACCAAUGAGGAUAAACUUGACGGCAAAGUACAGUACAACCACCAACACACUGGAUAUACAAAAGUCAAGCUGCACUACGGUAUACGAAAUAAAACCAAAUGUAUCCUAAGAAGAAUACCCAGACUGGCAGGAAACCUGUAUCAGAAGACUAUGGUGGCACUAAAAGCGACGUUACGGGCAGCCACUCGGGGAUGCGAUUCACUCCACAGGAGAGAGCGGAACUUGAGAUGUAUCUGAUGAAGAAAACUAGGGGCGAUCUAUCAAGUGAUGUUAAUAAAAUGGACCCAAUGGAGGUGAAGCAUGUACUGGGGUUAAUGGGUCAUAAAAGGAAAAUGCCAUUUGGCCCGCAGUCCCAAAGUAUGGAAGCGUAUGAAUGGAGGCCACCACCAAUGGUGACUCCUGAGGAAGAUGAAGAGGAGAUGAAUGAUGAGCAGACCAGAGUGGACCAUGGGGAACUUGACACUGAUGCUGUCCUGUAUGUCCUUACUGAGAAGAUCGAAGAUGACGAAAAUGUUCAUUCAGUGCUCCAAAUGCCCUCUUGUGUACCAAAGAAGUUUAAUGUUUCCCAGGCAUCCUGUACCUAUAAUAUCCUCAUGGCAGAUGUGUCUGGCUCUAUGAGGGCAUACUGGGAUUCCUUCAUGAGUAGUUGGAAUAAGUAUGUGGCACCAAAUUUGGUUGGAAGAACCAACCUAUAUGUGUUUGACUAUACAGUCUUACUGGCAAGGUCAGGAACAAUGUUGGAAGAAAAAGAUUUUUAUGGUGGUGGCACACACUUGACUGGUGCCUUACAAACUAUUGUCAGUGAAGUUUAUCAGUGUAAGGAGAGAUACAUCAAUGUAUUUCUCCUCACUGACGGCAACCAUAAUUCAAGUGCGGUAAGUCCAGAGACAGUUAUUAAUAUGAUGGCUCCCGCUGUGAAAAAGACAUGCAAUGUCUAUGUAUUGGGUGUAGGCACUUUAUUUCCCGUGCAGUACAGCAUCAAUAUUCGUUCACGUUUACACAAUGGCAGCGCAAACCUACCCUCUAUUUUCUGGGCCAAAAAACAUGGUGAUAUAGAGAAUCAGGUGAAGGACAUUAGCAGUAAAAUUUCUAGUAAUUAUUCUCAAAGCUUGAAACUGUCUAUGGCUGGGAAUUCUCUUCCUGGGGUCUAUACUAAGAAUGUGUUCCACUUAAGUGAGUGGGUUUACUUUCCGUCUGGACCUGAUCAAGUACGACAACUGACAAUCAGGCAAGGUCAACAUGUUGGUCACAUCUCACUAGAACCUAAGCAGAUGCCCAUCUCUGUCAUGAUUGAGUUGUUCCGUCAGUGGAACUCUGUCGUCAUCCAGAUUCAUAACAAGAAGGAAGUUGUACCAUCAGAUGCACUUCCCUUCAUGGAACGGCUCUUCAAACACAAAAUGGAGGAGCUCAGAGGUGCAGAUCAACGGUCCAUCCGCCAGAGACUUGAACGGAAAGAGCUGGUUGGGUAUGAAACAGAGUUCAACACUUUACUUAAUAAGAUCAAAGCAAUCUUAACAACUGAGAAGUUCCGGAAUGAGCUAGAGUUGGCAGAGAAUAUUCUCAGUACAACAGUUGGUGGAGGGAAAUAUGGAACAAAAGUGCUUCAGAUGAAAGGUCACACAGAUAAAGAUUAUAAGAAGGAUUGUGAGGAGUUUCUGAAAGUAUAUGAAGAGAACAAGACCAUGAUUAAGAGCAUCAACAAUACCCCUGAAGAUAAUUGCCGAUUCACAUUGACCUCUACUGUGACCGACCUACAGGACCCAGACUUCCCACUGAUAAUGGAUGUCGAUAAGUUUCAAUUUCUGAAACAAUUCACUAUAACUGGAAUUCCAGUAUUUGCUCCAAGCAGGGACUCUGUUACUAUGAAUCCUUGGACAUUUGGUGUUCAGGGCCUUGUUGGUGCACCAUACAACGUUAUGAGCCAAGUGGGAAUAGAGAGUUUUGUUGAUUCUAUCCAUUCAGGUGAACCAAGUAAUUCUAUCUGUUCAGGUGAACCAAGUAAUUCUAUCUGUUCAGGUGAAGCAAGUAACUCUAUCUGUUCAGGUGAACCAAGUAAUUCUAUUUGUAAAGAUAAAUCAAGUAAAGACAUACAACUGAAAAUAGAUGAUAAGAACAUUCGCCUUAAUGCUAUAGUUCCAGUCUUCACGCCAGGUGCUGCCAAGAUUAUGGCUCCAAUAGUUCACACACGGCUCUAUACUAUGUGCACCACCUUUGCCAUCCUUAAGAAUCCCUUCAUCAUUGAUUUUAAUGUUCACAUGGCAGCUCUGGGAGUGACAUGGGUGAGGAUUUUGUUUGAGAAUCCAACCCAGCCCAGAUCCGAGUUUGUUCGUCGUCGCAUUGAGAACAUAGAAGCCACAGCUGCCUUGUACCUCAGACGACCAAGUUAUGUCAAGUACUGGAACGUGUUAAAGGAUGACACUGCCCAGGCACUGAUGACAGAGAGUACCAUACAGCAAGAUAAUAGACCACUCAAAUGUGAGUCACUCAUCAAACCCAUGUUUAUACUUCACAUGUAUCAAGUGACUCAGAACUUUGAAGACACAAAUGUUGUGGCCCAGAUUGUCAGGUUGAUGUUGAUAGAGUAUGUAGGUCGCUGUCUCACCCACUACAAAAGUAAGGACAAUGAAGCAAAGCCCUUUACAGAUUUCUUUGCUGAAACACUUGUUGAUCAAGAACGCAAAAAAGAAUGGGUUCAGAAGUAUAUUGCUGAUACCAAGAAAGAUAUGGCAGGUGACGAAGAUUUCCUUUUGGAAGAUUUCUACACCCUAGAAAAGGUGCAGAAUGCUGCCAGAAAGACAGCAGCGGAAGAAAUAAAAAACCUCAAAGAAAAGUUGAAAGCACAGAUCCCCAUAGUUGUAAACACGCAGAAAGUUGAGCAGCUACGCAGUGUGUCCACUGCUGGUGACAUGUCAUGGUUCACUCUACGAACCUUUGCCAGGGAGGUUGGAUUGGCGGAAAAUGUCAUCAGUGACUUGUUCAGUGAACAAAGCAUGUUUAUGUACACUGCUCAUGCCUUGCUGUACAGAGCCUCUCGCGACCGACUCAGUACUCCAAUGGCCGACUAUAAUGCCAGUCGCACAAUAGUCACAAAACGUGUUCAGGAGGAAAAUUCUCACGUUAUUGCCAAAGACCUUAAGAAAGAAUUAAUUGAACACCUGCAGAGCUCCUGGCUGGAAGCAUACUCUGCUGCCCACAAACAGAUGGUACAGCCAAUGACAAGGCAGGAGAUCCUGGCCGAGGCCCCACAGCGGGGAGUAUCAGUGACAGAUUCUACCUUUGACCAGGUGUACAAGAGAUACCGACCUGGUGUAGGUCUGAUGGGCAAUGCCUGUCUGUGUCGAGAUUGUCCCUACUUCUUAAUUCCUAACAAAAGUUACAACCAGCAUGCAUCAGUAGAGCGUCGCUAUUCUGCAGCCUUCCCCCAUGGCCUGCAUGGGGUGACCUACAAUCAUAGGGACAGCGACCUGUCUACCAUCUUAUCCUCGCUGGAGUCUGGUACUUUCUUCAAACCAACUCCCAGGCAAGCUGUUGAACACCUCACUGAUGAAAUUGUCAGCUUGAAGGAGAUGUAUAAGGAAAUACACAAGUCCAGCUUGCCUGCAUCAACUCAGCCUCCCAGUGGUGUAGGUGGUAACAUGCAGUAAGUAUGGCUGAUGUGUUGACAUUGUCAUGAAUACAGUACUGUACUGUAUCUUAUAUACUGUACAUUAAUUCAAUGUCAAACAUUAUAGUGAGGCCAGGGAAAAGUGAAAAUACUUUUAUUUGCACGAGAAUAUUUGCAUAACAUUGUGUCAAUUAUACCUACGAAGGUGAAUUAUUUAGGGAUUAUUUAUAUAUUUAAACAAGUUUUCAUUUGGAUAAGGAAUGGCACGCCUUCUAAGGAUUAAGUAUUAAUCAUUAACAUUUUUUAUUAUAGAAACAAGCUAAUGGUAAUAAUCAACAAAGAGUUAGAUGUAAUUAAAUGUGUAAUUUAUCCUCACAGUAGAAAUUACUGUUACAGUAGUUGGUAUGAUUCACUUAGGAAAUUAUAAAUAGGAUUCCAAAUUGUAUUAAUUGCACUCCUUAUACUGGCAAAGUAAUGUGUGUUAUAUUUUAUUUAUGAGUAUUUGAAAAUUCUUCCUUCUCAUUUGUUAAGUGAAUUAUGUGGGCAACCAUUGAGCCCUAUAGUUUUCCCCAAAUCACCUCAUUAGCAGCAAUAAUGGCAUGUAUUGUAUACAUUGUGUUGAGCCUCAUGAGUUCUUUCAGUGUGUAUAUGUAUUCAGGAAUCUUGUUGCUUUAUGGUUUAUGAAUUAUAAACAUUGAGGAUACUGUGUACUGUAUGUACUUGUAUCCUUUUCCCAUUGUUUAUGUUAUUCUGUAUUCAAUAAAUUUUAUUCUUAAUACUUUAUCUAACUAAUUUAUUCUGAGGGUAUUGUGUAUUGUAAAAACAAUUCAGCUCCUUUUAAUAUAUACAGUAAAUGAAUGUAAAUCAGUGUAGGCUCUGGGCCACAUUUGUCAUUGUAAAUAUAGUGGAGGGCGUCAAAACUUUGGAUCUACAUUCAAGAUAAAAAAAGUCUCAUAUAGUAUACAGUUAUUUGCAGUUCUACACAAGUCUAACUGUUUAACUGUUUCCAGUUACAUAUUUUUUCCAUUUACUCUUGGAUCAUGCUAGCUCUUUCUCUGGCCCCAGUCUGUGGUAAAUACACACGUCCUAUGCUUGACGGAUUCAGGAUAAAUGGGGUUCUUCUCUAAAGUCUUAUCAAGUUAUUACAUAUUUUCAUUAUUUUCACUCUGACAGAGAUUCCCAAUUAUUUAAAAAAAAUUCUAAUAAACUGUUGCGGGCUCCAUAAUAUUACGAUGGGAUGAGGAAGGAGAUGAGGAGUAUCCACUGACCUGACUCACUAAGGUAUAAGAACGCAGACACUACGCUGAAUGUCAUAGCCAGUAAAGUGAACCAUUUGAUCGAUAAAUAUAUACCCAAGACCAAACCCAGUGCCUCUAGGAAUACAAGGAGACCACUACACAUGCACCAUGUGGUGGUUGGCAAAGUUAUGAAGAAAACCCAGAAAUUCAAGGUGUGGGUUAGGUCAAAUGAUGAGCAGGACAGGAGGAUUUAUGCAAGAUCUAGGAACCAAGCAAAGUCAGAGUGUAGAAGGGCUGAAAAGGAGUUCCAGAGGCUGGUUGCAAGCGAGGUCAAGUCAAACCCAAAGGCAUUUUACUGCUAUGCAAAGUCAAAAUUGAAAACCUGAGUAGGAGUGUCGGAUCUGAGGCUUGAAGAUGGUAGUUACACAAACUCUGACCAGGACAAAGAGGAGAUAUUGAACAGCUUCUUUUCAUCGGUGUUCACAAGAGAGGAUGCGAACAAUCUUCCUGCAUUUGAGGACAGACGGCUCGACACAACGCUGACCCACAUUGUGUCAAAGCUAAAGGUUCAUAAGAGUCCCAGACCUGACAUUGCGUAUCUCAACAUGCUAAAAGAGUUGUGCAAUGAGAUUGCUGAGCCCCUGAAGAUCCUGUUCUGUAAAUGCCUGGAUGAGCAAAAGGUCCCUAGUGAUUGGAAAAUGGCUUAUGUGAGUCUUAUCUUCAAGAAGGGCCAUCGUCACU